AACAGUAUGUAGGACAGCGAGUGGGACUAGCCCAGGCCUUCUGGAACCUUCGAGGUCCCCCACGCGUCCAACCUUCUCCAAAUUAACUUCUGUGUCACCCGUCUGUGAGGCGAUGCUGCUGGUCUGGGCCUUGCUCCUAGCCGUCUGGGUGCCUCAGGGCACAUCCCCUGCUCGCUGGACCUAUAACCUCAAAUGCCACGACUGUUGGACCAUCAACACUUUUACUUGCCCACAAGUAAGAAAGUGCGAGUAUGAAGUCAGGCGCUGCAUGACCGUCUCUAUUCGUUUGAACCCUCGAGAACUACUCGUUUACAAGAACUGUACGAGCAACUGCACAUUUUUGUAUGAAGCUGAGGUGCCCCCGGAGGCCCCAAGAGCCUUAAGAACUAAUAGCUUCUAUUUCGUCCGCUGCUGCAGCACCAUGACCUGCAACGAGGGAGGCCCCAGUAACAUGGAGAGGGACAUCCCAGAGGACUCGACUCUGGAGGAGGAGCUGGAGGGGGCUGUGUGCCUGGGGGAGUCAGCAACGUGGCUCCUGAGCCUCGCCUCGCUCCUCGCCGGCCGCGCGCUGACGUGAGGAGCCCUCCCGAGGGUCCCAUCUCUCCCCUCAUUCCUCAGAGCAAGGUCACUCUGCUUUCCUCCCUGUGAGCCAGGCCCACUGCGUCCCAGGGCCCCAGGGUGGCCGGUUACCCAUUUGCACGUUGUCACAGGAGAGAAAUAAAGCGCAUUACUGUUUGGGUUCUGCCUACCUAGA